AUGAUUGAUAAUUCAAGUGAAGAAUUAAAAUCAGAAGAAUUGCAACAGAGACGUGAUGGUGAUCGCUUUAAAUCUCAAACUUAUUCCCGUGUAUCCAGGAACGUUAGCAGCACUGAUAUACCUAACAGUACAACAAGAAUCACAUCGAGGAAAUCAAAGGUAGCUCUGGUUAAAAAGCCAAUACCUAAGUUCUCGGAGACUGACAGUGAAGAAGAUUACCAGGCGAAGGUAAAGCAUCCGGUUAAGUUUUCAGACUCCGUAGAACACGAAGACGAAGACUUUAGCAUCGAUGAUUAUGACUUUGAUGUUCAUCAUGACGAGUUCGCCGGCAGAGAGAAGCCGCUACAGCCAAGGAUUAAAGUAAAAGUAGGUUCACGAGUUGAGUAUAAAUCAAAAGAAAUAUUGAAACCAAAGAUUGUAAUACCUCGCAAUAUUAAAGCGUCCGAUGUAACAAAUGUGGAAGAAAAGCGAAAAGAUGAAUACGAUGACGACUCUGUUGAGACUACCGAAACGCCAAAACUCCAGAAGUCCGUCGCUGAAGCGUCCGAUGAUUAUAUCAGUGAAGAGAGCAGUAAAGAAUAUGAAGGCAAGUCCUCGGUCAGAACAGCGAGGUCCCCUUUGAGUUUCGGCGAUUACCUAGAUAAACUCGGCCAGCAAACUUCAUCUUUAAUAUCAAAAAUAUUAAGUAUUCUACCAAUAUUUCCCCAAGUUCCGAAAUCGAAGAAAUUAGAGGAACCC